UCAUUAGAUGGAUUGGGAAGGGCAAAAGCUUGCAGAGCAGUUGAUGCAGAUAAUGCUUCUUUCAUUUGCUGUGAUUGCAUUUGGAGCUGGAUAUAUCACGGCUUCUUUCCAAACAAUGAUCCUCACAUAUGCUGAUGGUGUGGUUCUCACCACAUUAGUCACUCUUCCCAACUGGCCCUUCUUCAACCACCAUCCUCUUAAGUGGUUGGACCAGAGCGAGGCAGAAAAGCAUCCAAAGCCACAACCAUCUGUGAAUGUAACUACAAAGAAGAAGUUUACAAGCAUCUAA